CACACAAAGCGAGAAAAGCUCCCAACAUUCAUUCAAACUGAAAUACCAUGGAAUUCGUUUUUCAAAAAAGGAAAGAAGAUCCGAAAACUACAGAAGGCAACCAAAUCCCAACAGCUAAUCUCCAUUAAUUUACACAAUGCCCAAUUUUCAAAUCUUUAUUGGACAAAAAAGAAAUGGAAAAUCCAUCAAGAAAAUUCUACAAAAUUCUGGAAACAAUUCCCAAACAUUAACUUUAGCACCAAAACCUAAAGAAAAGGAAAAAUCAAUCUCUCUCUCUCUCUUUGCUGUACGUUCUUCAAUUUCUACACAGUUUCUUGAGAGGCACUGCAAUGGAUCUCUCUGGAGGAUGGACUUUUGGUGUUCCUUCUAUUAGUGUUCUUGGGGAUGGCUAUUGCUUCCCUUAUCCUAAGGAGUUGAUUGUGAAGAAGAAGAUUAAAAAGCUAUCUAAUGCACAAUUUGAAGUUUUUGAUCAGACUGGAAAUCUUCUCCUCCAAGUAGAUGGUGGAGUCUGGAAUUUGAAGAUGAAAAGAAUUUUGCGCGAUCCUGCAGGCAUUCCUAUUCUCACACUGUGUGGAAAGGCACUUACAUUUUGGCAUAAAUGGAAGGCUCAUGGAGGUGAAAAUACAAAUGAAAAUAAUAUCCUCUUCAGUGUAAAACAAUCUCAUCCUCUUCAAAUUAAAAAAGAGCUUCAUGUUUUCUUGGCAAAUUUCAAGAAAAAAAUCCCUGAUUUCCAUGUUACUGGAUCUUACACUUCUUUGUCCUUCAAAGUUUUCAAAGGCCAUCGGCUUCUUGCAGAGGUAAAGCAUAACUUCACAUUGGAAAGCUUCUGCAAGGGAAAGGAAAAAUACAGAGUUAAAGUAUAUCCAGAGGUGGAUUUUGCAUUUAUUGUGGCAUUGUUAGUAAUUCUUGAUGAGAAUGACACCCCUUAAUUGUCUCUUCAUCAAAGGGUGUUUUUUUUUUUUUUUUUUUUAAUCUUAUAUUUACUUUUUAAUCCCUUUUAAUUAUUCUCAUAAUAUAUGUAAUUUUCUAUUCUCCAUUAUUAAACUUUUAAAUAUUGAAUUUUUA